AGCUGUUAAGCAAAACCACGCGAAUAUCUUUUUAAGCAUUCUCAUUCACAACCUUUCGGUUAGCUAUUCUCAUUUUCUCUUUUAUAACACACACGCACACACCAGCCAUGAAGAAGUUUAUGAUGGACACGAAGGCGGCCUUGGGCACUGCUCCCAAGACCGAGGAUAAGGACUACGAUCAGAAGGCGGCCGAUCUCAAAAGCAUUCAGAAGGCCCUUUCCGAAUACAAGUCCGCGAUGGAGAAGAUGAAGAGUGCCGCGCAGUCAUUUGCCUCUGCGAUGGCGGCGAUGGAAAAGGCUUUUGAGACGUUGGGCAAAGGCGAAGAUGCCACGGAGGAGAUGAAGAAAAUGACCAAGGAAUACGAGGCAGUGUCCAAGAAGGUGAAUGACCAGAUUCUCACCGACUUCAAGAAGGCCAUCGGCGACCACGAGGAUAUGAAAGGUGUGAAGGAUUUGGCUGCGGAUUGCAAGAAACUGGAGAGCAGCCGCAACAAAGUCAUGGCCGAAUACGACACUUACCGCGAUUCAGUCGACAAAAAGGAGCAGGAGUACAAGAAGAAGAACAAGGACUUGAGUGACUCCAAGCACUACCAUGAGGAGGUCGCGAAGCGCGACAGCUUGAAACAAGAAUUCGAGAAGGCCGACAAGGAGUUCAAGGACAAGCAUGCCGAAUUGGAAAAGGAGAAGGUGACGGCCUACAGUUCUGGCAUGUCCGGAUACUUGAUGAGCACUUCCCACUUUCUCGACUCUAUCGAAAAAGAGUUGUCACAUGUGGCGCCUAAGGCAGCCUAA